UAUUUAAAGGCCUCAACCUAAUGGACACCAAUAAUAAUGCCCUAAUGUUCAAUCAUAAACUUUUUGUUAAGAUUUAGAGUAAGAAAAAUUUAAUGACUGAACCAUACAUGGAUUAGUUAGUUCAAUUUCUCAAUAUCUGCUCUGGCCUUGUAGAAACUAUGAGCCUAGAUACCAUAAGUUUAGAACACCCCAAUUGAAAGUUUUUUAUCUUAAAGUAUCUAAAAACACAUUUAUGUAUAUAUAUAUAUACAUGUAAUAUAUACGUGUAAUUGCGGAGUUCUAAACUUUACGGGAACCAUAACCUAAAGUAUAUGAUUUCAAAAGAAAAGAAGACAAAUAAAAGCAUCAUUAGUGGACAAGCUCGCAAAAAAGUUUCUUAUGAUUACUAUACUAUUUUUUAAAAAAUAUUUACUUAAAUAAUUAAAAUUAAAUGUAAUAAAUAUAACUUGUUCAGUAUUUCUACUGUUGGGUCAGAGUCCCUUUGUAUAAAAACAUAUUUGAUAAAAUCUUCACUCUCUUUCUUACUAUUUAAUUUUUAAUUAAUUUAUUUUCAGGAACUCUCUUUAAAAUUGCACCAGUGUGGGUGCUCUGAUGAUGCAAUUAAAAGUGUGGUGAGAAGCACAUUGAUUUCUAUCUAGUUUCUAGCCCUGUUCAAAACUACCCUAGACAAUAGUCUUUAUAUUAUUAUGAUUUGUUUUGUGAAUCUUGGUGACGACUCAAAAUUAUCUCAGGUUGAUUUGUAGUCUUACUUGUGGUCAUUUAGUAGCAACUGCCAUCUUGUGGCUUCGGAUUUAGUUUUCAUCUAAAUUGUUGACUUAAUUAUCUCUCUUUUGGUAUUUAGUUCUGAUGCUUCAUGUAACCACCCAUGUUUAAGUUUGUAAUGUUAUUGAUUAAGAAAUUUCCAAAUGACAAAAAAACUAUACAUGAAUUAGUUAGUUCAGUUUAUCAAAUAUCUGCUCUGGCCUUAUAGAAACUAUGGUUCUAGAUACCAUAAAAAGAAGAAGAAUAAGAAGAAGAAGAAGAAGACACAUGAUGAUGCAACUAAAGGUAUGGUGAGCAGCACAUUGAUUUCUAUCUAGUCUCUAGUAAUCACAUUAUUUUUAUCUUCAGAUAACCUAUAAUCAUUUCUUUUUUUUUUCUUAAUUUAAAAUAACCUAUAAAUCAUUUCUUUCCAUGUAUCAGUCAUGAAGUUUAUCAACCCAUAAAAGAAUCAAGCAUAUAAGUAAAGUAUCACUUUGGUCAAUAAGAAAAUCUUGUAUUGUAUGACUUUUUGGAUUUUUGUUAUCACAUGUCAGUAACAUUUUAGAGUGUAUAGUCCAUAGUUAAAAAAUAUUUCCACAUCUCAUUUCUUUCCAUAAACACAAAAAUUUAAACAAAAUAUCUAUCAGUUAACAACUUUUUCUUUAAUAUAAAUAUAGACAUGGACAUAUAUAUAAUCAUUAUCAAGUAUCAUAAAACAUAAGAAAUUCGUGCAAAGAUGAAGAAGUCUUCGUUGUUCUUCGUAUUGCUAUGUUUGUUUCAAAUAAGCAAAUUAGAUUUCUGCUUAGCAGGAAGUGUUCAUAUGGUUAACAACAAUGGACAUGAACGUCAUAGAUUCAUAAGUGUAACUGAUUUCGGAGCUGUGUGCGAUGGGAAGACCGAUGACACUCAGGCAUUUCUUAAGGCAUGGGAAGCUGUAUGUAACGGAUUCAGUAAUAAAAGCUUUCUAGUGCCUCUAGGAAAAACGUGCAUGCUUAAGCCUCUUACGUUCGCAGGUCCUUGCACGUCUUCCUCUAUCACCUUUGUGAUAAGAGGCAAUAUUGUUGCACCGGGUUACACCUGGAACGUGGGAAAUUUCCCUGCAUGGAUUAGUUUUGAUAGUAUCAACGGUCUAGUUGUCAAAGGAGGAGGUGUCAAAGGAGGAGGCACCCUCGACAGUCGCGGUUCUGUGUGGUGGGGAUCCGAACAUGCUCAGGAUAAGGAGAGUCCCACCGCAAUGCAUUUCAACAACUGUAAUGGUCUAAGGAUGUAUAAUCUCCAACACUUGAACAGUCCUCGGAACCACAUAGGUCUAACCGGCUCAAAGAACAUCAGCAUCUCGGGACUUAAUUUGACUGCACCUGGUGAUAGUCCCAAUACGGAUGGUAUAGAUAUAUCGAGGUGUAUAGGAGUCGACAUACGUGACUCAGUGAUAUCCACCGGAGAUGACUGCAUUGCCAUUAAUUCUGGUUCCUCUUAUAUCAACAUAACCGGCCUUUUUUGCGGUCCCGGUCAUGGCAUUAGCGUGGGAAGCCUUGGGAGAAAUGGAGAGUUUGCAAGCGUUGAAGAAGUGAGAGUAAAGAACUGCACUUUGUCAAACACAAUGAACGGUGUCCGAAUCAAGACAUACCAGAACGGAUUAGGAUAUGCACGGAAAAUCUCAUUUGAGGAUAUAAGGAUGGUGGAUUCAAAAAACCCCAUUAUCAUCGAGCAGAAUUACCUGAACCGGGGCAAAAUCGAAGAAGUAAGCUUUGAGAAUAGUAACUAUCAAAACCGUGGUGGUAAAAAUCGUUUUUACAAGACUGAGUCUGGUAAUGGAAGAGGCGUGAAAGUGAGCGAUGUUCGUUACAGUAGAAUCUACGGCUCAUCUGCGAGCGAUGAUGCCGUCACGUUUAACUGCAAUGCGGACUUGGGAUGUGAAGAUAUUGUGAUGGACCAUGUGGAUAUUGUUUCAGCGAAAGCAGGUCACGCGGUGUCGGCUUCUUGCAAGAAUGUUCGUGGGAGUUAUUUUAGUUCACCUGUUAGUUGUAUUAAAAAGCAUUAGGGGUGAUGUUAUUGCAUUCCUACUUAGAAGAACUAAAGAACUUGUUAAAAUUAUCUUAAGGUUGAUUUAAUAAAAAUAUCAAAUUAGCCACUG